AUGCUGGUGCCCCAGAAUUCCUUCCUGCUUCGCUACCUCCUCGAUCCGCUUCUGUCGCCUCGUCCCAAACUUCGAGACCACCGAAACACCCAGCAAAUCGUUCCACCCCACACAAGAAAAGCCAGCGGAAGGGUUCAAUAUCCCGCUCGACCGCACCUGAUAUUGCCACGAGGACGCAUGAAGAUAUCAACAAGGGCAUCUACGAAUGUGCAAUUUGCAGUAACGAAGUUCAGCGGAGCUCCAAAGUCUGGUCCUGCCACCAGUGCUGGACUGUGUUCCACAUUGGCUGCAUAA